AUGUCUCACGUUAUGCCUAAGCGGAACGUGAUGCCUCUUAUUAAGACCAAGCGGAACGUGAUGCCUCACAUUAAGUCAAAGCGGAACGUGAUGCCUCACAUUAAGUCCAAGCGGAACGUGAUGCCUCACAUUAAGUCCAAGCGGAACGUGAUGCCUCACAUUAAGCCCAAGCGGAACGUGAUGCCUCACAUUAAGCCCAAGCGGAAUGUGACGCCUCGUAUUAAGACUAAGUGGAACGUGAUGCCUCGCAUUAAGCCCAAACGGAACGUGAUGCCCCAUAUUAAGACCAAGCGGAACGUGAUGCCCCACAUUAAGACCAAGCGGAACGUGACGCCUCACAUUAAGUCCAAGCGGAACCUUCUGCCUCACAUUAAGCCAAAGUGGAACCCCAAGUGGAACGUGACGCCUCACAUUAAGUCCAAGCGGAACCUGCUGCCUCACAUUAAGCCCAAGCGGAAGGUGACGCCUCACAUUAAGCCCAAGUGGAACGUGACGCCUCACAUUAAGCCUAAGUGGAACGUGACGCCUCACAUUAAGACCAAGCGGAACCUGCUGCCUCACAUUAAGCCCAAGCGGAACGUGACGCCUCACAUUAAGCCCAAGUGGAACGUGACGCCUCACAUUAAGCCCACGUGGAACGUGACGCCUCACAUUAAGACCAAGCGGAACGUGACGCCUCACAUUAAGUCCAAGCGGAACCUGCUGCCUCACAUUAAGCCCAAGUGGAAGGUGACGCCUCACAUCAUUUAA